AUGGCUGCGUUCUUCACCUUGGCUCUCCUGGCUCUAGCGUGUCCUUUAAUGGCGUUCGACAUGGGUCAGUCCACUCGUUGCGUCGCUAUUCCAAAUCAGAUGAAAGUGUGCAAGGAUGUUGGAUAUUCUGAGAUGCGGCUGCCUAACUUCUUGGGUCACAGCAACCUAGAGGGCGAGGUGGUACCACGGUCAGAGGAUUGGAGGCCUCUGUUGCAGACGGGCUGCCACCCUCAAGCUCAGGCCUUCCUCUGCUCCCUCCUUGCCCCCGACUGUCUUGACACUUUUAUCCAACCGUGCCGCAGUCUGUGUGUGGCAGUGAGGGACAGCUGUGCCCCUGUGCUUGCCUGCCAGGGUCACCAAUGGCCUGAGGCACUUGAUUGUGACCGUUUUCCUGCAGAGGAAGAUAUGUGCCUCUCUCACCUUACGAAGUUCAGUCACUUUGCCAAAGACUUACCCAAACCUGCCUGCCAAAACUGCCCAUCUGUGGAAGAGGCUCCUGCAAUGAAAACAGUCUUGGAUGCUUUUUGCCAGUAUGACUUUGCCGUGACUGCCAAACUUCAUCGCCGUCGCCUACCAACAGGAGAGCCAGAAUAUGAAGUUGAAGGUCGUGUGGAGUUUAUCCGCCAGGGUCCUCUCCUGCCUUACGACACCCAGUACCUCCUCCAGCAGUGGCUCCUCAUCAACCUUCGAUGUGCCAAUGCCCUUGUGCGCCCCGGACGGUCACAGCUUUACGUACUGACCGGCUCGGUGCAGCCUGAUGGCGCCCUUGCUCUCACUCGUCUCUUCCCCUGGCACAAAAAAGACGCAAACAUCGCUGUGGCUACACGCAAAUGGAAGCAUCACAGAUGUUGA